CUGUGAUCAUGGAGGUUCUUCAGAUCUUCCUCUACUUCAUCUUGUUUUGCUUUCUUCUUCUGAUAUACAAGCGAUCGAAUUCAGAGAAAUCCAAGCAAACCCUACCCUUACCUCCAGGGCCAUGGAAGUUACCUCUUAUAGGAAACGUCCAUCAAAUUGUCGGGGCACUGCCUCAUCAUGCCUUCAGAAAAUUGUCCAACAAAUAUGGACCCAUAAUGCAUCUUCAACUGGGAGAGACAUCCAAUGUUAUUGUCUCUUCCGCAGAAAUUGCCAAAGAGAUCUUCAAAACCCAUGACCUUAUCAUGCUCAAUAGACCUGAUAUUCUUGCUGCCAAGAUCAUCACUUACAAUAACAUAGACAUUGGAUUCUCCCCACAUGGAAACCAUUGGAGGAACCUUCGAAAAAUCUGUACUUUGGAGCUUCUAACUGCAAAACGUGUUCGAUCUUUCAGGUUCAUAAGGGAAGAGGAAGUAUCUGCACUUGUCAAAGACGUGUUCUCCAGUGCAGGGUCGGUCAUAAAUCUGAGUGAGAAAAUUUUCUCAACUAUAACUUCUAUAGUUGCAAGAGCAGCCUUUGGUAGGAAGUCUGGAAAUGGAGAUCAAGAAGCUUUCUUAUCUACACUUGACGAUAUAACGAAAAUGGUGGGAGGAUUUUCAAUUGUUGAUCUCUUUCCUUCUAUCGAGGUGCUUCAAAGGAUUACAGGAAUGAAAGCCAGGCUUGAAAGGGUCCACAAAUUGAAUGAUCAAGUAUUGGAAAACAUCAUCAGGAAUCACAAAGAAAGAAAAGUUAAAAGCAAUGAGAACGAUGAAGAGAACCUAGUUGAUGUUCUUCUAAAGAUUCAGGAGGCAAAAGAUCAAGAAUUUCCCCUGACUCACGACCACGUCAAAGCCGUCAUUCUGGAUAUGUUCAUUGCUGGAUCUGAGACAUCAUCAACUACUCUAGAGUGGGCAAUGGCUGAAUUGACGAAGAAUCCAGGAGCGAUGGAGAAGGCUCAAGCUGAGGUUAGAAUGAUCUACAAGGGAAAAGACUUUGUGGAUGAAAGUGAGAUUCACCAAUUGAAAUAUAUAAACUCGAUUGUGAAAGAAACCUUAAGGCUUCACCCACCUGGAGUGUUGCUACUUCCAAGGGAGAGCACUGAAAGAUGCGUGAUUAAUGGUUAUGAGAUACCUAAACAGACUCGAAUCAUGGUCAAUGGAUGGGCAAUAGGAAGAGAUCCCAAAUUUUGGGAUGAAGCCGAGACGUUCAAGCCAGAGAGAUUCUUGGAUAACCCAAUCGAUUUCAGAGGAGCAAACAUGGAUUAUAUACCGUUUGGUGCUGGAAGGAGAAUAUGCCCCGGAAUUAACUUCGCUGUAUCUAGCAUCGAGCUUCCACUUGCCAAUUUGCUGUAUCAUUUUGAUUGGAAGCUGCCAAAUGGAACCACUCCCGAAAAUUUUGAUAUGUCUGAGACGUUUGCUGCAAGCGUGAGAAGAACUGAGAAUCUCAAGCUGAUCCCAAUCAGUUAUCAACCCUAGUUGUAUAAUAGUAUUGCCUCAAUGAUGUGUCACCUUGCCUCUAAAUAAAGUUAAAGUACUACUUAAUUAACCUACUUGUUCUGCCCUUGUUUUUUUUUGUUUAGUUCUGGUCGUUGUAAACUUUCCUCUGAUGGUAAAGAAUAAGUAGUUAAAUAAUAUGGUACAAUGUUCAGAGUUUGAUGAACUUGUAGUUUGUUGAGACUAUCUACAAGAA